GCAGCAGCAUAGACAGAAAAGCAAGGCUGAGGAUGGAGGAUAGAGAGAUGAAGAGAGAGAAGAGAGAUUCACAACACUCUCUCCACUGAUCAUAGCAGGUGCUGGACUUUCAUCCACAUCUCACUGAUGUCCGAGGAGGAAUGGCUGUGCGGUAGGACCCGAUGAGCUCCAGAAUCUGACCGAACGAACUUCAGAUUCUCUUCCAGUCUCAAGCUCAUCGAGCGGCUCUUUCAUUCUGUCCCAACUUUUUUUUUCGCGGGAUCUUUGCGGCAUUUCCCGCCUUUAAAUCAGCGUGAGCUGCAGCGCACGAACGGAGGCUGAUGAUGAAUAUGAAACACAUCAGAUCGGGCAUAUAAUGGGCAUCGAGGAUACGGGCAUGAGGAACGGACGGGCUCUGUCCGAUCAGUGGGCCGACAGCGUGGUGGUCCGACCCCGGACUACCGAGCAGCACAUCACGGUGCAUAAGAGACUGGUGCUGGGCUUCGCCAUCUCCAUCCUCACCCUCAUCAUCGUCACGGCCAUCGCCAUCACGCUCAGCGUCAGCUUCGAGAGAUGCGCCGCGGAGAGCAGCGGGGCUCUGGCCGCCAACGGCUCCAGCAACAGUAAGUGGAAACAGUCACGGGACGGGAACAUCAGUCACAGAGACUCGGAGGACGGCCAGCAGCCCUGGAGACACCUGCGCUUACCGGCCACCCUGCGCCCGCGCCACUACGACCUCCGCCUGACCGUGCACAUGGAGAACUUCAGCUUCUCCGGCGAGGUGAACAUCGAGUUUGAGUGCGUCAACUCCACCAAGCUGAUCGUGUUGCACUCGGACCGGCUGGAGCUAGACAAAGUGCUGGUGUUUUCGGACAGUAAAAAAGCGGGCGCCAUGCGGAUCCAGCGCCGCUUCCACUAUCAGCCCAAACAGGUGUAUGUGAUCGCGCUGCACAGAGAGAUGAAGCCCCUCAGAACAUACAAGAUCAACAUCACCUUCACCGCGCACAUCGAGCACGAGCUGCUGGGCUUCUUCCGCAGCUCCUACAUGCUCAAUGGAGAAAGAAGGUUUCUGGCGGUGACGCAGUUUUCUCCGACUCAUGCUAGAAAGGCCUUCCCGUGUUUUGAUGAGCCCAUCUAUAAAGCCACAUUCAGAGUGAGUCUGAAACACGAGAGCUCGUAUCAGUCGCUGUCCAACAUGCCAGUGGAGGCCACCACAUCUGAUGAGGAUGGAUGGGUGACCAACCAUUUCUCCAGGACGCCCCGCAUGUCCACGUAUUACCUGGCCUGGGCCGUUUGUAACUUCACCUACAAAGAAGCAGUCGCAGACAAUGGAGUCCUGAUUCGGCUGUACGCCAGACCUGAUGCCAUCCAGAGCGGAUCGGGUGACUACGCUCUGCGCAUCACCAAGAGACUCCUGCAGUUUUACCAGGAUUACUUCAAAGUAAAAUAUUCCCUCCCCAAAUUAGAUCUGCUGGCAGUGCCGAAACAUCCGUAUGCAGCCAUGGAGAACUGGGGCCUCAGUGUGUUUGUGGAGCAGAAGAUCUUACUGGAUCCUGACGUCUCCUCCUUCUCCUAUCAGAUGGAGCUCACCAUGGUGGUGGUGCACGAGAUCUGCCAUCAGUGGUUCGGGGAUCUGGUCACACCGGUUUGGUGGGAGGACGUUUGGCUGAAAGAGGGAUUCGCUCAUUACUUUGAGUACAUUGGGACUGAUUUCCUCUUUCCAAAGUGGAACAUGGAGAAGCAGAGGUUUCUGACUGAUGUCCUUCAUGAGGUGAUGUUGCUGGACGGUUUGGCCAGUUCUCACCCAAUCUCUCAGCAAGUGUUUGAAGCCACAGACAUCGACAGAGUCUUUGACUGGAUCGCCUAUAAGAAGGGAGCUGCUCUGAUCCGAAUGCUGGCAAACGUCAUGGGACAAACACUAUUCCAGAGAGCCCUAAAUGAUUACUUGAUGACGCAUAUGUACGGGAACGCAGCAAGAGAUGACUUGUGGAACAAACUCUCAGAGGCCAUGCAGCGGGAGGGAAAGGACAUCAACAUCACACAGGUUAUGGACCGCUGGACUCUACAGAUGGGCUAUCCGGUGGUCACCAUCAGCAAGAACGACAGUCUGGACAACAGCAUCACUAUUUCCCAAGAGCACUUUGUCUACGACACAGACGCCAAGAUUCAGAAUCCUGAGCUGUUCAACAAAAGCUUCCAGUGGCAAAUACCACUAACGCUCGCAGUGGGAAACGCCAGUCACAUAUCAACGGAGACCAUCAUUUGGGUCACAAAUAAAUCAGAGGCGCACAGAGUGGGUCACGUGGUUGGUGAGACGUGGUUGCUGGGCAACAUCAACCAGACGGGCUACUUUAGAGUGAACUACGACCUUCACAACUGGAAACUUCUUAUUCAACAGCUGACGAGAAACCCGACGAUCAUCUCUGUGGGCAACAGGGCCGGUCUGAUUGAUGACGUCUUCAACCUGGCGAGAGCUGGAUAUUUGCCCCAAAACGUCCCCCUGCAGAUGAUCUCCUAUUUGUCUCAGGAGACCGAGUUUCUGCCCUGGCACGCUGCUAGUCGAGCGCUUUACCAGUUGGACAAACUCCUGGACCGCACUUUAGACCACAGCCUGUUCAGCGAUUAUGUACUAAGACAGGUGGAACCAAAGUAUCACAAGCUUGGCUGGCCAGCCACUUCCCCUGACGGCUCCUUGAUGCAUUCAGCUUAUCAGACAGAAGAGCUACAGAGAGAGGUGAUCAUGCUGGCCUGCAGUUUUGGAAACAAACACUGUCACCGCCAGGCUGUUUCUCUCAUUUCUGACUGGAUUUCCAGCAACAAGAACAGGAUUCCACCCAACGUCCGGGACAUUGUGUACUGCACAGGUGUUUCUCUGAUGGAUGAGGAUGUGUGGGAAUUUAUCUGGAUGAAGUUUCACUCGUCUACAGCCGUCUCUGAGAAGAAGGUUCUUUUGGAGGCCUUGACCUGCAGUGACAACAUCUUCCUGCUUAACAGGCUCCUGAAUCUGUCCCUAACAUCAGACCUGGUGCCAGAUCAGGAUGUAAUUGAUGUCAUCAUACAUGUGGCCCGCAAUCCACUGGGAAGACAUUUAGCAUGGAGAUAUUUCAGAGAGAAGUGGGACAUAUUGAACUCCAGGUAUGGAGAAGCUUUAUUUAUGAACUCAAAAUUAAUCAGUGGUGUGACAGAGUUUCUCAAUACUGAGGCCGAAUUGAAUGAGCUGAAAGAGUUCAUCCUGACCAGCGGAGGAGAGUCAGCGCCUGCGUUCGCUCGAGCCGUCGAGAUCGUUCAAGCCAAUGUAAAAUGGCACAUCCUGUUCCAGGAACAGUUUUACCAAUGGCUGCGGAAAGCUCCCGAUGGAUAAUGCAACAUUUAGCAUGGAGCGUGCAAUUAGCAUGGAGACUCUAUUAGACAUUUCGAGGCCAGUGACAUGAGGACACCUACGUCAUAUUACAGAUCAAACAUUUACAGAGUCUGAGAAGCAGCACAACUUUACUUUUAUAUCCAUGUGAGGACUGAUGGAUCAGAAUGAAUUCCCAGAAAAAAACGCACCGCCCUGCUGUCCAACACACCAACUACAACUGAGACUGUAAAAUACAGAGGAGCCUGGUAGCUUGUAUAAAAUGAAUAGGAGAAAUUGGCUAUACUCGGUGAUUAAAUUAAUGAAAGUUGCACAUCCGGUAUCAGUCAAGUCUAUUUUACUACAAUACACACAUGUGGAAAAAAUACCCAAAGGACAAAUAUUUGAUCCUUUUCUGGUCAGAUUGUAUUCAUAUCACAAUGUUCUAACUACUCGCGAUGCUGAGACACACAAAUAAAAGGUAUCUUUUUAAUGUUAAGGAGAGUUUUUGCCCAAACCAUCCACAAUGGCGACACAGAUUUUCUAGUUUAGAAAUGGUUUAUAGGUGACAUGGUGGUUUAUUGGUUAUCACUGUCACCUCUGAGCAAGAAGGUCGCUGGUUCAAGUCCCAGCUGGGUCAGUUUGCAUUUCUAU